UUAUCGCUUUGGUUUGUUGAUAUGUCCUCAAGCCACAAGGCUGAUCUUUUGUGCUGGCGGGUACUCUUCCUGAACCUCCAACCUCGACAACGACCAUUUCGAAAGUGUACAAGUUUAAACCGUUCAGUAAAGUUUUUCCUUUGCUUCACAGAAGAGUUAUUAUGUCAAAUUCAAAUGUCCCUAUGCCUCCUCCUCGACCGGGGCCGCCUCGCAUCCGGACGCUAUACUUCGCGUUCGGCAGCAAUCUGCAUCUCCAGCAGAUGGCCGAGCGCUGCCCAAACAGCAAGUACAUCGGCAGAGCCACGCUACCACACUUCCGAUGGAUGAUCAACCAACGCGGAUACGCAAAUGUCGUCCGCGCCGAGGGCUACUGGGUCGAAGGACUUAUCUUCGAAAUCGACGUGGAGGAUGAGAGACGUCUAGACAAGAGCGAGGGAGUCGCCAAACAGUGCUACGUAGACCGAGAUCAGAACGUCAUCGCCCCAUGCUACAGGAAAACGUACGAGACGAUGAUUGUUCAUCGUGCGCCGAGCGCGCUGCUGAGGAGACCGGUACCUUGGAUCGUGGCGAAAGGAGGACCCCGGAAAGUGAAAGACGAGGCGUUGAAGCAGGGCUAUUCGUUACGUGAGCAUCAUCAGUCGAAGAAAGAGCAUGUUUUGGUCUACUGGAGUCCGGAUUUCACGAGAGAUGCACAUCCUAAACGCGAAUACAUCAAGCGGAUCAACAAUGGAGUGAGAGAUGCUUCGGUCUUGGGUAUGUGCCCUGACUACGUGGAAAAUAUGAUCAGGCCAUUCAUCCCACCAGACGGUCAAGCUACUACCGGGACCCAUGUGUACCCAGUGAAGAAAGAAAAGAUCGUUUCGCCAGCUAUUUCGAGGUUACCUAGAGACGAGGGAGGUGCGAUCAGGAUCCAGCAAUCCGACUUCCAAGAUUACCAAGUUAGAGAAAGGUCCCAAGGUCUUCCGAGGUUACCAAAUCGUCCACAGACUUCUCGUUUGACCCGCUCCCGUAGUUUGGCAAAUCGCGAUCCAUACCGAUCUCGAAUUGGAAAGAUAUUUGAGUAUUUUUCAACUUAAAGGGGUACAUAGAUGAUUGGGAUGAUUGGAAUGCUGGUUACCAUAGAAAUUAGGGCACUUAUGAAGUGCAUUGGUUCAGAUAGUUGAGCGUGAAAUGACAUACGUUAUUAUUCGCAAGUUUGCGAAGAAGCAGCAACAGCUGUUCAAAGCAACGAAUUUUGUGGAUUGGAGAUAUUUUUAACCGAACGAAUGCUAGUUCAAAGGCUCUAUGAUGAUAAGUAGGGAUAUUUGUAUUCAUUUACUCAAAAAUAACGAGUUCAAACAAUA